UUGAAAGUCGUCGAGUGUGGGACGCAUGCGCGGGUGGCGGGAGAGCGCGGGUAUAAAUAAAAGCGUCACUCCUGCAGCUCAUCACCACAGUUGUGACUCAAAGAACGCAAGAUGAGGUACCUGCUUGCCCUCCUGCUGCUCGGCGUGGCCUCUACUGGGGCUCAGCAGUCCUUCGUGUCGCCAGAGGGUAGCGGGAACUGGCAGUGCCCACACGAGUUUGGUUACUACCCGCACGACACAGCCUGCGAUAAGUACUACGCCUGCGAGGGAGGGGUGGCCACCCUCAUGACCUGCGGCAACGGCCUCGCCUUCGACAAUACCGACACCGAGUUCCUGAAGGAGAACUGCGACUACAGGCACAACGUGGACUGCACAGGGCGGCCCGAGCUUGAGCCCCCGAUCUCCACCCCCCACUGCCCCUACCUGUACGGCAUCUUCCCCGACGAGGAGGACUGCGCCGUGUUCUGGUCCUGCUGGGACGGUGAGGCCUCCCGCUACCAGUGUGGCUCCGGCCUCGCCUACGACAGGAAGUCCCGCGUGUGCAACUGGAUGGACCACAUCCCAGAAUGCAAGGCCCAGCAAUCCCUCCAGACCCAAGGCGUCGUGUGCCCUGCCCCUGGUGAGCUGACUGCCACUGGAUCUUUCUCCCGUCACCCACACUCCGAGGACUGCCGCCAGUAUUUCGUGUGUCUGGACGGCGUGGCGCGGGAGUACGGCUGCCCCAUCGGUACUGUAUUCCAGAUCGGCGCGCUGGAGGGCCUGGGACAGUGUACAGACCCCGAACUGGUGCCCGGAUGCGAGGACUACUAUGGUGACCUGGAUCUGGAGGCACUCAAGAGGAGCCAGGUGUUUUUGGCAGGAGGAGGGGAAGUGGCCAACCCCCGCCCCCGCAUCGUCAACCCUGAGGAAGCCCCUGUAGUCCUCCCAGCUUAAACAGUCCUGCAGGUGCGGUCUUCUGUCAUUGCUCGCCACAUUCGCUCAGCGAGGACUAUUACGGCGACCUGGAUCUGAAAACACUCCGCGGUCUGGGCCUCUAAGCUACGGUACAAGCAACAACGCUCCCUUUUUUUAUGUAAUUUAAGGCCCCACGACUUCCCUGUCACGUCAAGGGUAUCAAGACAUUCUCCAGAUAAUCAGAACCCCACGAUUUCCCUGUUGUUCGAAGUGUCUAAAAAUUUUCCAGAUAUUUAGAACCCAUGACCUUCCGUUACGUGAAACAUUAAGAAAACCUGCCAGAUAUUUAGGUCUCACAACUUCCCUGUUACGUCAAGAGUCAAGGAAUUUGCCAGAUGUUCAUGUUCACUUCCACAGUAACUAAUGGCAUCUCUCUUCCCUUCUCCCCCUUAAAACUGGUGAAAUUCUGGUUCUCAAAUUGUUAUUCCCUUGUUCCAAAAUUCCUCGUCUCCUUUAUAUCUACUCCUCUGUUGUAUAUUGUUAAGUUGUACCAUAUUAUUAAGAUCUUUUUUGUAAAUAAAUACCUGAAUAAAAAAUAUAUUGUCUUCUGAGUAUCCUGGAGUGACUGAGUGGCGUGGUGGCGCUGCAAUAACAGGGUCAUAUGGCGCCACUUGUUGAGAGAGAGACAUUUGAAAAGAUGAAACGAAAGGAAAAGACAAACUUCCCUCGAAAAUAAUAAUGAUAGUAAAUAAAUAAAUAAAGGUGCUCUCCCAGAACCAUAAAACUAUCCAGCACACUAAACAGAAAUACCUCCCCCGGCCAAAAAAAAAAAAAAAAAAAAAAACGAAAGGAAAAGAAAAUGUUUCCCUCAAAACUAAUAAUGGUAAAUAAAUAAAUAAAGGUGCCCUCCCAAAAACAUAAUUAUUCCACUCCCCAAAAGAGAAACACCUCCCUGUCCGAAAAA